AUGAAGGAUAGAGGCAAAGCUGCAGCUGUAGACAACAACUUGUUAGAUUUCAAUUACUCUAUUUCAUCAGAUAUGCCAUGUACCAAACACCCAAAUUCAUCUACUGUUGGAAUCUGCAGUUACUGUUUAAAAGAAAGAUUGGUAAAUUUGGUAUGUACUGAGUGUGGUGAGCAAAGACUCUCUUCUUGUUCUUGUUCUGAUGAUAUUUCUUCUUCUUAUAGAAACUCUUGUUCUGUUGAAGUUGGUAGUGUUGGUAGAAUCUCAUUUUUAUUAGAAAAUGAGAAAAAUAAUGAUCAAGAUUUAUCAACUCAGCAGUUACAAGCAGAACAAGUGAUCUUGUUAAGAAGUAGCAGCAACUGUGUAGAAAUCAAGAAAAACAAAAAUGGUUUUUGGAAAAUCAAGAGAUUGUUUAGAAAGAAAAGAGAAAAGGGUAAAAAUGGGGUUGAUGAAAAAAGUGAUAUUUGUGUAUCUGAUGCAGCUAUGGGAGUUUCAAGAUCAAGAUCAUUAUGUAGUUUUAGAGGUGAUGAUUUUGGUAGUGAAUAUAGAUUUUCAAGUGCAAAAAUAUCUGAUGUUACAGGUGGUUUGUUAUUUGAUUCUGAUCAUGAGCCAAGAAAGAGUGGUAGUAAUUUCAAGAAUUUUAAUAUUCCAAAUAGGGGAAGUAAUACCUUUCCUAUUAAGGAAAGUGAUUUUAGUACUACUAUGGAUGAUUCAGCAUUUAUAGAUUUGAAACUUGAUUUAUCAUCAUCAGAGCCAAGAUCAGAUUUUUAUGGUAAAAGACUUAGUAAUAUUUCAGAUUAUGGAUAUGAUUCUGCAGCUUCAAUGGGGAAUCUAAGAGGUGGAUCUUGUAGAAUUGAUGAAUAUGACACAAGGAUGAGAAGAGGUAGUAGUAGUAGUAAUGGUAAAGGGAAGAAAGUGUGGAAAUGGAUUUUUAGAAAAACAAAUUCAGAUGGGAGGAAAAGUACAAGCAAAAGAGAUGAAAUUAAUAGUAAUUUGAUUAUUAAGUCUUAA